GAACAAGGCGUGGCUGGUGCGCAUGCGCACAGGCGGGGGAAGAAGAGCUAAGCUGCACAAGAUGCCGCCAAAAACUGCAAGGAAACUGAAAGACAAGGACCACGAGAACAGUCCGAAGAUAUCCUCCUUCUUUUCCAAGAGCCCUAAACCCGCCGGUGUGCUGAAAAGAGCGCGGGCUGCAGACGAAGAUGACUCCCCUGAGCCCAAGAAGACCCCGUGGGCCUCACCUACCCCUCUCUCCCCGACCCAGUCGAGCUCAGCCGGCGGGCAGCUGUCCCCAGAGCAGCUGGCCCGGAUGGAGAAGAAGAAAUUGGAGGCAGGGGCUCGACUGCUGGCCAAGAGAUUGGGAACCUCAAACAUCGGUCCUUCCUGGGUCCAGGCCCUGCAGGCUGAGUUCAAGAAAACCUACAUGGAGAAGUUGAUUUCGUUUGUCGCUGCUGAGAGACUCAAGGGCAAAGUGUAUCCUCCAGCGGAUGAUGUGUUCACAUGGACCACUGCCUUCCCAAUCAGUCAAGUGAAGGUGGUCAUAAUAGGCCAGGACCCAUACCAUGGACCUAAACAAGCUCAUGGACUAUGCUUUAGUGUGAGGGUAGGGGUGCAGAUACCACCCAGCUUGAGAAACAUGUACAAGGAAUUGAUGCAAGACAUCGACGGGUUUGUCCCUCCCGAUCACGGCUACCUGGCUGGCUGGGCCAAGCAAGGGGUCCUGCUGCUGAAUGCCUGUCUGACUGUCAGAGAGAGGGAGCCAAAUUCACACAAAGAAAAGAGUAUGGUGGUGCACUGUAUACAGUGGAACCUCUGAAUAAUGGACAAGUUGUUGGGACCAGGAAUUUUGUCGUCUAUAGGGAGGUUGUCCUCUCGAAAUAAUAGAAACGGAUGGGAGAGACUGACAGAUGCUGUCAUCCACUGGAUCAACAACCACUGCGCCGGAGUCGUGUUUCUGCUGUGGGGAGCCUAUGCUCAAAAGAAAGGAGCUUUCGUCAACCAGAAGCAGCACUGUGUGCUAAAAACGGUGCAUCCGUCCCCGCUGUCUGCCAGUCGAGGAUUCUUUGGCUGCAAGCAUUUCUCAAAGGCCAACGAGUACAUCAAGAAGAAUGGAGGGAAGGAGAUUGACUGGAAAUACCUACCAACAGACCUACAACUGUAACGACUGUCCCUGAGAGACACAGCCGUGUUACAAGUCCUCAUUUAUAGUUACUCUCUAUGUAUACAUGAUCAUCUUCACUAUUCAUCCCGUAGCUCUAAUGGACUCCGACAAAUUAUGCUUCAGAUUUUUUUCACAAAUUGAAUCACGGGCUAUGCAAUAUUGAUUCUGUGGCAAUAGAUCUUAUUUUGUCGAAUUUAUCAAGUUGGAUUGUGUGAAAGGUGAUGCUGAACCUGGGCUACCAAUUCCAGUAACAUUGGCUCAGUUCUGUGCAGUUCUUCCACUGUUCUGCCGAACUCAGCCUGAAGCUCAGCCAAUUGUGGACUGCUGCUAUCGGCCACCUGCUGCUCCAGGGUCCUCUUCUUAACUCUCAUUUGGUGAUAUCGCCGCAGUUCAUCUCUCACGUGAACUAUUCUUGAUCUCACUGCUGGAUCAUCAAGACCACUUACUUCCCCUCCUUUGGUUGUCACUCUCUGGCCAGCAAGUGCAGCAGUGGGUGGUCCUCUGUGAGCAGAGGCUGUGUCAGACGUGGGUCUAUUACUGCUGAAGGCUGAGGGUGGUAGGAGUACUGGUCUAGGAGGGGACAAUGACUGUUGGAAUUCAGUCUCUGGAACACGAGUGACUGGUAGUGGUCCCUGGCAGAGUCCUCCCACAGUAUGUGGAUCAGAGUGUUGGACUUGCCAGUGAUCUGACGGUGGUGAUGAUAGUACACUGACUGUUGAUGGGAGGAAGGUGAAGGAGGGU